UUUAUAUAGAUAUGACUAUGGUGAGGAUCGUGCACAAUUACCUUGGCGUAAAGAGAAAUGGAAAUGUCAUCCUUUAAAAAGCAAAGAUGUUUCUGAAAUGGAACAAACAAAGGGAAAAAAAGGUCAAAAAGAGAAUAAAGGCAGUGACAAAUAUGCUGAUAAAAAUGAAAUAGAAAAUAUAAAAAAAGAAACAAAAAAACUGAAGGAAAGUAUAAAAUACGAGAAAGAAGAAGGAAAAGAAGAUAAGAAAGUAGGUAAUGAAGAUAUAAAAACAGAAACAAAGAAGAAGAAAGAAGAGAAAGAGAAAACAAAGAAAGAAUAUAAAAAAGAAGCUGAAGAAAAAAGUGAGACAAAAAAAAGACAAGAGGAUAAGAAAGAAGUUAAAGAAAAAAAUGAGAAAGAAGAGGCUAAUGGAGAUAAUAAAGAAAGCAAAGAGAAAACAAUAGAAGAAGAAAACAACAUGAAAAUUAAAAAUAAAAAGGAGAAUGGUGAACAGGACAUUGAAGAUAAAAAAAAAGAAAAAAAAGAAACUAAUGCUGAAUGUAGUGCUACGGUAAGUUUAACUUCUUUAGUUUAACUUCCUACCAAUAAUUUUAAAAAAGACAGUAAAAUUUGUCUUUAAAUGCAAAAGUGGUAACGUUUGCUUUAUUCUUUUUCAUAUAGAAUUCAAAUUUUAUUCACUUUGAUUGGCAGCAUACAAAUAUUUAAGAUUUAAUUUGUGAAGCUUUUUAAAAAUGUUAUAACGUAAAUUUCUACAGGAUGUCAUUAUUUUUAAUUAUUUGUUUGAUUGUUUUUACCUGUAUAAGUUUUGAUAGAUGUUUUUAUUGCCUGAUGAUGUACUAGAAGUAUGAAAUGCUUCACAAUAAAUACAUUUUUAUGAAUUUAUAUACUUUUUUCAAUAUUAGGAAUAAAACACGGCUUUAUUUUUGUAAUAUUAAAUAUUUAGGAGUUUUAACAAACUUUAAAGCUUAAUAGUUACAUCUGAUUCGUUUCAUGUGGAAAUAAUACAUCCAAGACAAAAACUUUGGUUAUGAUUAUAAGCUUGAUAAAUAAAAACGAAAAAAAUAUUUCACCACUAAAAUAUGACUGUAAAACUCUGUUUUCAUA